GCCCAAAAGAGGCUCUUCUUCUUCGUAGUCUCCACCUUCCAUGGCUAAGCACCUCAAGACCUCCCUUCUCUUGCUGCUUCCACUACUUCCUCUCCUCGUCGCAACUGUUUCAGCUGGUGUGUUCCUCAGCAUCGACUGCGGAUCUUCGGAAUCGUUCAUCGACGAAAGUAACAUCAAAUGGGUAGGCGACAACUCGUACAUCGGGCACGGCCGAAGCUUCGUCUUCAGGAACCGCGGUUUGCUCUCGCGGGCCAUGACCACACUCAGAGUCUUCGAGUCGAGGAGGAAGAGCUGUUACCGGAUCGACGUUAGCGGCGGCGGACGAGUGCUCGUCCGUGCCAGCUUCAACUACGGGAACUACGACGGGAAGUCAUUUCCUCCAAGCUUCGGUCUGCAGUUCGGCGCCAACGACUGGGACACGGUGGUGACGUCGCUGGAUCAGCCGGUCUCGCACGAGGCGAUCUACGUGGUGAGCGGCGACGCCACCAGCGUGUGCGUCGCCCUGACGCUGACGAACCAGUUCCCGUUCGUGUCCACCAUCGAGGUCAGGAGCUUGGAGUGGAGCAUGUAUGCCCAUGUCGACCCCAGCCGUGCGCUAUUCCUGCGAAGAAGGGAAGCCUUUGGUGCACAGCAAAUCGUGAGGUACGAGGAUGAUGUCUAUGACCGUAUAUGGACCCCAAGCAUAAUAUCGAACGGGUUGACGGUACUCGCAAGUGAUACAAGCUUCAACGUCGCGGCUUUAAAGGAUAAGCCCCCAGCGUUGGUGCUACAGACUGCAGUAGCACCCACCCAACUAUCGAGCUUGUCGAUUCCUCUCGCUUAUCUAUCAACAUCCACCGUGCCAAUCUACGUGAACAUGUACUUCUCGGAGAUGUCCGAGCUAGAGGCCACUCAGAUGCGUUCCUUCGAGAUCUAUGUCGACGGCGUGCAUGUUUCAGCACCUGUAAGCCCGCCUUAUCAGGAUUUCAUCGAGUUAUCCUUUGCUAACAUUACAGCAAACUCCAACACAGCCAUCGAGUUGAGGCCCACGGCUGACUCCACGCUUCCGCCAAUCAUCAGCGCCAUGGAGGUUUUCCUUGUCAGUGCGGCUCUGAGCAAUGGAACCAAUGCAGACGACGUGAACGCACUCGGGACUCUGCAACGUCAGUUCAAGGUCCUCCGGGACUGGAAUGGCGAUCCCUGCCUCCCAUUCUCCUACAACUGGGAAUGGGUGAGAUGCAGCUCCGAUGAAAGACCUAGAAUCACAGAACUAAAUCUAUCCGGAUUUGGACUUACUGGAGUUCUGCCCAACUUCGGUGCAUUAACUGCCCUGGAAACUGUAGAUCUGCACGAUAACUCCUUGAGUGGGGAGAUUCCAGAUUUCUUAGGCAAUUUGCCCAACCUACGAAAACUAAACUUGGCUUACAACAACUUCAGUGGAUCGAUACCCUCCUCGCUGACGCAGAACACCAAACUUGACUUGCAGGUUUCCGGUAAUCAAGACUUGCGCUGCUCUGGCCGAUCAUGCAGCGGCUUUGCUGAAAGGACGAGAGGCAGCGACUCCUCCUGGGAGCGGCAGAAGGGAGGGAAAGGCAAGGUAUUGGUGUUGGGACUCGUCCUUCGCUUUGCCCUUGUCGUUGGCCUUCCUUUCGGCAUCGUUUUUGGCGCUGUAGUCUUGUUCGUGCACUACCACCGCCGAAUGAAUCGAGAAGAUGCCUCCCCCCUAAGAGCGACACCGGGUUAGCGCAGCAGGAGGUGAAAUAGCUAUUCCUGUUACGGAUACCAACGAAGAGAGGAGCAUUAUUUAUGGUUAUGUGGAGCUGCAUCGAGACACUCAGAUUUAUAUAGUUUUAAGUUUAAGCAAAAAACAAAUAAUAAAGUUAUUUAAAAAUAUUUCAAACUUUAUUAUAUGCUGCUGCGGUUGUGAACACGUGGAAAAUAUAUUACACGAAUAGUUAACUUUAUUA